CUGCCCGCAGCGCCCGGCGGUGACGGCGCUUCCCGAGCGGCUCCAGGACUCAGGUCUGGGCGCGGGGGUCGCUCCCGGCAGCGCCGCCCGGCCCGGGAGGUCCCGGCGGGACCAGGGGGCAGCGCCGCCCGCCCCGUCCCCCGGCCGGAGCCAAAAUGUCCUUCUUCAACUUUCGCAAGAUCUUCAAGCUGGGCGGUGAGAAGAAGAAGAAACAAUACGAGCACGUCAAGAGGGAUUUGAACCCUGAGGAGUUCUGGGAAAUCAUCGGGGAGCUGGGAGAUGGUGCUUUCGGUAAAGUGUUCAAGGCUCAGAACAAAGAAACAAAAGUUCUGGCUGCUGCAAAGGUGAUAGAUACUAAAUCAGAAGAAGAACUUGAAGAUUACAUGGUGGAGAUUGAUAUUUUAGCAUCCUGUGAUCAUCCUAAUAUUGUCAAGCUCCUAGAUGCUUUCUACUAUGAAAACAAUCUGUGGAUCCUGAUCGAAUUUUGUGCAGGAGGAGCUGUAGAUGCAGUCAUGUUGGAGCUUGAAAGGCCAUUAACAGAGCCACAGAUCAAAGUGGUCUGCAGGCAGACACUGGAAGCACUGAACUACUUACAUGAAAAUAAGAUCAUCCACAGAGAUCUAAAGGCUGGCAAUAUUCUUUUCACAUUAGAUGGAGACAUUAAACUAGCGGAUUUUGGAGUAUCAGCUAAAAACACAAGAACAAUACAAAGAAGAGACUCUUUUAUUGGUACACCAUAUUGGAUGGCUCCAGAAGUAGUAAUGUGUGAGACCUCUAAAGACAGGCCUUAUGAUUAUAAGGCUGACAUUUGGUCUCUUGGCAUUACUUUAAUAGAAAUGGCUCAAAUAGAGCCACCUCAUCAUGAAUUAAAUCCCAUGCGAGUGCUUCUGAAAAUUGCAAAAUCUGAUCCUCCCACGUUAGCACAGCCUUCAAAAUGGUCAUCAGAUUUUAAAGAUUUUCUGAAGAAAUGUUUGGAAAAGAAUGUAGAUGCAAGGUGGAGUGCAACUCAACUGUUACAGCAUCCAUUUGUUACUGUUACUUCCAAUAAACCAAUAAGAGAAUUGAUUGCAGAAGCUAAGGCUGAAGUUACAGAAGAAGUUGAAGAUGGUAAAGAUGAGGAUGAAGAAGAGGAAACAGAGAAUUCUCUGCAGUUACCUGCAGAAAAGCGUGCAUCCUCCGACCUUAGCAUUGCCAGCUCUGAAGAGGAUAAACUUUCACAGAAUGCCUCUGUCCUGGAAUCUCUCUCUGAGAAAACAGGAAGUAAUGCAAUUGAGGACAAAACAACUGGGGAUGAAUCUGAGGACAUUAAAUUUAGGAAAACAGCUGAUAAGAUAUGCGAUACUACCGUUAACGAUAUGGAAGUGCAAAACGGUUCUGUGCCAACUGGUGAAGAUGAGGAAGGCAAAAUAAUGCCAGCAGAAAAGGACACAGAAAGCCUGGAAAAACCACAUAAGGAUACAGAACCCCAGAAAGGAGGGAAAGAACUUGACAUGGUAACAAAAACAGAAAUAAAGAAUGAACCCAACCUAAAAACAGAGAAAGAAAAUUCCACAGCAAAUGAACAGACAGAAGAUAAUAAACUGAAAGUAGUAACCACAACUGAAAAUAGUGUAGAAACUGAAGAAGGCAUUUCUAAGGAAACUGGUGAAAAAGAAGAGAAGGAGAACAGAACAGAUCUCUCGGGACUUAAGGAAGAAAAGGUCCCUGUAGAAAAUACAGAUACAGAGCAAAAGGAAAAUAAAAAUGAGGAGCAGACAGAGGCAACAAUAGACACCACUACAGAAACUCUACCUAAUGCUACAGUCAAAGGGUCUGAUGAAGAAAAGGAACUAAUAAAGCAUGGAAUUGACAACAUUAAGGAGAUAGGUGGUAUUGCUGAAACACCGAUCAGUGAUGGGGAUAAAAUACCUGAGCUGGAGGAUAAGCCAGUGGAAAGUCAGGCUAAGCAGGUCCAUGAGAUAAUCAGCUCUGAAGAAACUGUAUCAGAAAGCCAAGAUAAAGUGAUCAAAGUAGACAAGAAACUGGCAGAAAGUGAAAAUGAGGAUGUUAGUAAUAUAAGCAGCACGGAGGAAACAAAGAUCAAAGACUCUGGAAAAGACGUCGUAGACCAGAAGGCAAUACAGAGCAAGCCUGAGGAUAUUUCUAAUAAAGUGGUGGAUAACCUGACUGAUAUGGACCAAAAUUCAGGAGAGUGCAGACCUGAGAAUAUCCAGGAAAACAACAUUCAGACAGACAAAGAACGUUUAGAAGUUACUUCUGAUGAAGUAGUGAAGGAUAAGCUUCAAAAUACUGUCAAUGAACAAGGUGAUGACUCUGAAGUCACUCCAGUCCCCAGUAUUAGUAUUAGCACUGAAGAAAAUGAGAAAGUCAAAACAGAUAAUCAAGGCAAUACUGAAACUUCCCAGCAGGUAGAGUCGGAGAAUGUGAAGGAAAAUGAUGCCGAUUCAGGCACAGGUUCUACAGCUGAUAACAGCAGCAUUGAUUUGAACUUGUCCAUUUCUAGUUUCCUUAGUAAGAACAAAGAGACAGGAUCAAUAUCUUUACAGGAAACUAGAAGACAGAAGAAAACGUUAAAGAAAACUCGGAAGUUUGUCGUUGAUGGAGUAGAAGUGAGUGUAACCACAUCAAAAAUAGUCACUGAAAAUGACUCCAAAAGUGAAGAAAUGCGAUUCCUACGACGUCAAGAGCUAAGAGAACUAAGACUUCUUCAGAAAGAGGAGCAGAGAGCCCAACAGCAACUCAGUAAUAAGCUUUUGCAACAGCGAGAACAGAUGUUCAGACGUUUUGAACAGGAAAUGACAAGUAAAAAGCGACAGUAUGAUCAAGAAAUAGAAAACCUAGAGAAGCAGCAGAAACAGACGAUAGAGCGCCUGGAACAGGAGCACACGAACCGCUUACGGGAUGAAGCAAAACGCAUCAAAGCAGAACAGGAGAAGGAAUUGUCCAAAUUCCAGAACGUGCUGAAAAACAAGAAAAAAGAGGUUUUAUGUGAAGUGGAGAAAGCACCAAAAGAGCUGAGAAAAGAGCUCAUGAAACGCAAGAAAGAGGAGCUUGCACAAAGCCAGCAUGCUCAGGAGCAGGAGUUUGUGCAGAAGCAGCAACAAGAACUGGAUGCAUCUCUGAAGAAAAUUAUUCAGCAGCAGAAGACGGAACUGGCCACUAUUGAACGAGAUUGUCUCAACAACAAACAGCAGCUCAUGAGAGCUCGUGAAGCUGCAAUCUGGGAACUGGAGGAGCGGCAUCUGCAGGAGAAACACCAGCUCCUCAAACAGCAGCUCAAAGAUCAGUACUUCAUGCAGAGACACCAACUGCUUAAGAGGCACGAAAAAGAAACGGAACAAAUGCAGAGAUAUAAUCAACGCCUUAUUGAGGAGUUAAAGAACAAGCAAACUCAGGAAAGAGCCAGACUGCCUAAAAUCCAGCGAAGUGAAGCAAAGACUCGCAUGGCAAUGUUUAAGAAAAGUUUAAGAAUCAAUUCGUUAGCCUCUCCAGACCAAGAUCGUGAAAAAAUUAAGCAGUUUGCUGUUCAAGAAGAAAAGAGGCAGAAGAAUGAAAGACUGGCUCAGCAUCAGAAACACGAAAACCAAAUGCGGGACCUUCAGUUGCAGUGUGAAGCAAACAUCAGGGAACUGCAUCAGUUACAGAAUGAAAAAUGCCAUCUACUGGUUGAGCAUGAGACUCAGAAACUAAAAGAGCUGGAUGAAGAGCACAGCCAAGAACUGAAGGAAUGGAGAGAGAAAUUGAGACCGAGAAAAAAGACGCUGGAGGAAGAAUUUGCCAGAAAACUGCAGGAACAGGAAGUUUUCUUUAAAAUGACUGGAGAAUCCGAAUGCCUUAAUCCUUCAACACAAAGCCGGAUUUCCAAAUUCUAUCCAAUCCCCAGCCUUCACUCUACUGGGUCAUAACUCUGGGAACUGCUGUAGGUUUUUUCCUAUUUGGAAUUCUCCAUCCUUACCCAUCUAACCUGACUUAUCUGCGACCUGUGUACAUCCAAGGACCCCGCGCUUUUUGUUUUCGGUGGAGACAAUCAGUGUCACAUCAGUUUCUUCGCUUCUCUGAGCAGAAGAAACGAACCUAGUGUUGGUGUACAAUGGUAAUGUUACGUCCUUCAGGUGUUUCAAGACUAAGUGGGCUUUUUAUCUCGGUCUCUAAAAGUAUGUUACCUAUGGUUUUGACUUUAAACCUGAAGUAUUAGUUGUGCUCUUUCUCAUCACAGAAAAAAUGGUUUCUCGUGUGAAUAUUUAAACAAUGUAAUAUUAGUUCUGCUACUGUGUUUUUAAGUAUCAGAUCUCUCCACGAGAGAAUUCCACAAUUGAAAAUGCCAUGAGAGGUUUAAAGUUUCAUAACGUUGAGCAGUGUCUUCAUGGCAAGAACUGAAACUAAUUGCUAAGAACAUGCCAGUAAUCAGAGAAACAAACCCUUAUGUUUAAACACAAUUGGCAAAAGCAAAGGCCUUUGUAAUAUCUUUCAAAAGAAACCUCUGGCAUGAAUUAAACUGAGCUGAUCUCCAUGUCAUGUUUUGUCCAUUAGUUCCAUAAUGAAAUGGGGUGCUAGUUUAGUUAAUACAGUGCCUGAAACACUUAGAUAUGCUGAUCCUGGUAACAGGAUAUGUUUUGUCAUUUAAAAAAACAAAACUCCUUAGCAUUGUUGUUACUGUACAAAACAAGAUUUCUUGCUGCUACUGCCAUUUUGGUUGUAAAUCCUCACCCUAAAAUAUUUUGCACUAAAAUAUGUAAAGGUGAAAGAAAUGCUAACUUUAAAAUGCACAGUUUGUUAUUUUCCUUUGCUAUUACAGGUGGUUAGUUCUACAAAUUGAAAAACUGUAGAAUGUAUUUUUUAGAAAGCAGGGUGCAAAAUGCACGUGGUUUCUCUAACUGUACCUGGAAUGGGUAGAGCCAUUGUUCUGUUCUUACCAAAGCCUGUUCAUUUAAACUCCACUGGAAAAGUGGAGGUGGAUGGUCAUAUUUAUAAAUAAUCAUGGCUAAAGUCUGAUUUCAUUAGAAGUGUUAGAUUCAAAUUUUUUUUAAUUUUAGUCAUUUUAUUUUGUGGAAAGAUUUAAGUUAAAUAUAUAGACAAACUCCUCUAUGAAGCUGGGUGUUUUGCUUUUGUGUUGCCACCUACUAACAUAGGCAGGUUUUAUUUUUUAAGUUCAUAGAUGUACAAUAAGUUAUUUACCUGACUGAUCUGCAGUGGAAAAUCUGAAAUGUUUCUCAUGUAGUGGGUAGGGAAAUACAGCUGUAUUAGAUCAAUUUUUGCUGCACUCCUUUUGGUGGUUAGAGGUUGAGUCAUAUCAAGACACAGUAUUUAAGGCUGUACUUGGGUAUGCUGGAGUUCCAUUUGUAAAAUAGUGUUUGCUUUCUGUUGUUUGAGGCCUGACUUUCUCAUGUCUCUUCGGGCAUCAACUGCAACCGUUUUGUUUUGCUCUCUCGCAUUGAACGUGUGGCUGGUGACCAUUACACGGCGUUCAUUUCAUGGGAACUGUGUUGCUGCAUGUCAAUGAGCUCAUAAAUUAACAUAGGACUUUAUAAUCAGCUGUGGUCAAAACCUUGGAUGCUGAAAUCCUUGGACGUUGAACCGAAACCUUCUCAAUGAAGACACUUAAUUUACAGCACAGAAAAAAAAUUAAUUGGAAAAUGCAUGUUUUAAUUUAAAUUUUGUAACUUUUUGAUAGCAUAAUUACUUUAAUAGCUAGCCUUAAUUUCUGGCAUUUUAUUAUUAUAAAUGUGUAUUGUGUACUGUUGUAAAUUCACACACCAUAUCUCUAGAAUGUUCUCUGUUGCUAAAUGCAAAGUUCUUUGAAUUGUUUGUUCAUUAGGGAGAAAAAAUGUCUUUGAGAACUUUUGUUUUAUAAGCUCCACCUUCAUAAAUUGACUGUUACUGAGAUAACAUUAAAUAAUCUUCAUUUCUAUUUAGCAGAAUUUGUUUGCAGUUUAGUAUGACGUAGGCUCAGUGCUUCACUCAGGGAGUAGGCAGGGCAGGCAGAUUUUCCUCAGAGGGAAAUCACAGAAUCACAGAAUGUUAAGGGGUUGGAAUGGACCUUAAAGAUCAUCUAGUCCCAACCCCCCCACCUCCACUAGACCAGGUUGCUCAAGGCCAGCCUGACCUUGAACACUUCCAGGGUUGGGGCAUCCACAGCCUCCCUGGGCAACCUGUUCCAGGGCCUCAUCACCCUCACAGUAAAAAAUUUCUUCCUAAUAUCUAUCCUAAAUUCCCCCUCUUGCAAUUUGUACCCAGUGCUCCUUGUCCUAUCACUACACUACAUUAAUAAUCUUCUCCUUACGUUCUUGGUAGUUUCAGUGAUAACUUGCUAAUGUAUAUUGGCAUUUUGUUUACCUCUGUCUAAAUCUCUUACAUCUUUUAUUUGAAGAUCCUUUUCACAUAGGCCCCUGCAAUCUGAUCUCACUGUAAAUUGCACAAAUAACUGUAACUGAACUGUGUGAUGAAGGGAGACAGACGUGGUGAUGGAAACCUUGCUCAUCUCUUCAAGUGGGGAGCACUGUGAAGCAGUUGCAGCCUUGUGAACUGUGCUGAGAAUUGAUAUCAAGCAUGAAAAUAUAUUUUAUGUGUGAUAACAGGAACUAGCAUGGGUACUUAUACACUUAGACUGAUAAAAUUGGAUAUAAGUGUUGCAGAACAUGAAAGAGGUGUUACAAUAUUAUAUCAGUGUUGGAAAAUUCAAUUCAGGCCCAAAAGAGAUCUCCUGAGAUACAAAAUCCAAUCUCUGUGCUGUCUCAUGUCACCUCCCUGUAAUGAAUGUUAGCAGCUCCAUCUCCAGGGUAGUUAGAUGUGUUUUCCACAGCCAAAACAAUGUGCUUUCUUACUGAGUGUUUGGCAGAUCUUAUUGUCCCCACAUGCUCUUGCAAAGCUGGCCACAAAUCAGUAUUUUCUCACCUUUUGUGUUUUCCUACAUCAUAAACACUGUCCACAGGAAAACGAGCAAGGCAAUAAGUGCCUGGAUUGCAGUCAGUGUAUGGGUUGUCCUCCUGUAUUUACAGCUGAUCCUCACAGAAAACCUGCCUGCAGGCCCCUGGCCUCUGAUGGGGUCAGACUUCACAUGUGCUUCCUGAACUCUGAAAGCAGAUUUGGGCAUCUGCUAAGUCAGCUUUUAUGGGAAAGGGCCUCAUAAGGACGAGCCCCUGGCUCUGCUCACGUCCUGAGUUCCUGAACUCAGCUGUGUGCAGGCUCUCCAGUCCUCGACUAACGCAGUGCUGCCGGUACCCAGGGAGCUCUCUGGGGGCUCCUGUGCCCCUGAUUUUAGGAGACUCUACAUCUCUCCUGAGUGGGGCUGGCUGAGGAGAGGUUACCAGUCCUGGGGGGAAUGGUUCAGGUCUGGCUCAGGCCUUGGCCUCCCGGUGUCCCAGGGGAACUUUGCUGUUUACUUCAGUGAGAGAGAAAUACUCCAACAUUUGAUCCUCUCUGAUUCCCAUAAAACAAAUUUUCCUUCUCCAAGCGCUCUGCUGUCUCUGCUGAAUGCACAAGAAGGGUGUAUGGUAUGUAAAGAUAUGAUAUUGAGGUUGUUAUUCUUAUGAUUGAGUAGAUGGAUCCUGAUUUAUAAAUGCCUUCUGAAGGAAAACCUUUAUUUGAAUUGACACCUGAAUUCCAGUUCCAAGGUGGCAGGGCUGCUGUCCUGACUGCUGGCAUUCACUCACAGUGAUUUUUCACAUCAGUUAAAAUACUGUUAAAAUACUGUUAAAUUCCAGUUGAGCUGCAUCCUUUUUUCCAGAUAAUCUUUUCAGCUAAUACCCUUUUAAAAUUACAUUCAUGGGUGUUCAAUAUCUAAUCAAUCACACAGUUUAAAAAAUUAUUCUUCUAUCCCAGAGGACUUUAUGACAACUCCAUGCUACUGAAUUAUUUUUCUUAAUAAAUAAGAAAUGUAGCACCGUAACUAAGAUGCAGCCAAGCAAAGCAGCAAAGAAAUUUCUUUCAUCACACCAUGUCCUUUGUGACAGCAAAAUCACACUGGAAGUUUAAGUUGGUUCUCCAGCUGAAACAAUAUCUGUCUUGCAAGAAUUUCAAGGAUGCUUUGGUAUAGGAAAGACUUGAAUAAGGUGUUUUAAAUUCAGGCACUUAAGUCCACUUUUAGGCAGCCUGAUUUUCAGAGCUGCCGUGCAGCUGCAGCUCCCAGGACCUCUAACACUGAUCUUGCUGGAAACUGAAAUGUGCAAAUAAGCUCAGUGCUGGCUGCUUCCACUGAACUCCUGUUUCUUGGUUUAGCUGGGGAAGUGGGGCAAGUUUUUCAGGACAGUGACUCUGGUUGUUGGAGGAAGGGGAGGGAGGAGUGUUUAGUACAGUCACUGUGUACAUAAGUUCUCUGCCUUCUAUGUUAACAUUUAUAUUCUUGUCAUUUUGUGUCAAAACCUGUACUUCUUGAUCUCAGAAACUUCCUUGCAUUGAUGUGUCUGUGCAUAUUUCCCAUUUUCAGACUACUUCUGCCAUCUUCACAGCAGUUGAAAUAAGGUCAGAGAGAAAUAACCUUCCUUGUUCACAGGCAAGCCAAGGCCAGGAUGCCCUCUUGUUUCUCAGUCUUACAAAAGAUGAGAACAGAUAAAAGGGAGAAGACAAAAGAAAACUCUACAAUGUUUCUCUUUUACAGAACUUUUAGUUGUUUUCUGCCCCCUUUCUCCCACCUCAAUUCUUGUGCUUCAUUUCUGUAGCUCCUUUGCACAUCUGGCAUUGGGGCAGUCAGUGGUGCCAGAGAAGAACAACCCCUUGAAUACAAACACGCUCUGACCCAGCUCAUCACUAAAGGCUCAUGUGCUUCCAUUGUACCAAAAGCAAAAGGGAGUGGCUGAGCCCAAAGUUACUCUGAUUUUCCAAAAUCUCUUCCCCAAUUACCAAACUAAGUGGUAAGGCCUCUUUUACAGUAUCAGUCCUAAAAUGGUGGAAAGAACAGAAACUAGAAAGGGACAUGGAGUCAAAUCUGACAUUGAGCUGUCACCCACAUGUUCUGUCAGCAAGCCAAGCAGAGCGGGAGUCCUGUCACAGUCCUGUGACAAAGCACAUCCACUGAGGCACCGCCGGCCUCGUGUUCUCCCAGCAGUUCAUUGCAUGUUUUGUGUUAACUGCAAAACAAGUUACUUUUGCCUUACAGAAAGCAACCAAAAAUCAUGAGAUGGAUGAAUAAUUGGCUAAGGGUUUCUGUACAGCUCAUGGAAGUGAACUUGCAGUAGCAGCCAUACAAUGAUUUUGGUUUGUUUUUUUUUUUUUGGUCUUGUUUUUAAAAGUAAUUGAUUUCAUGGCUUUCUGUAGAAUAUUGUAAUAAUUCUGCUGUAAAUACAAUAAAAAAAUCACAGUUUGCUGA